AUGAGUACCUCUGCUCAAGACAUUGGUAGCCAAUGGGCUAAUCCAGGUGAUAUUCUCAGCAUCCUUCUGUUGAUUGGUAGCGACAUCGUACAAGCCGCUAUAACCCAGCUCGUCGGCUACAGAAUACGUAUACCUGGUACAAAGACUCACAUACCUAUCACACCUGUGGCAUUUUCAUUUGGUUGGGCUACGUACAGUUUCACAAAUCUUCUUGCCGCUGUGGGAAGCAUGAAAUUAGUACCGGAGACUGACUGUCCCUUAAUCGUUGUGAACUGCUCGAAUGGAUUUGUUCGACAUAAUCGUUCUUGGGUUUUGGGACGAAUACUCCGUGACCAUGAAAUUCAUAACUCUGUCGAUCCACGACCGAUAAGUGAAGGUGGUCGGGCUGAGUCAAUUAGAAUCGACAUUUUCCAUUUGAACCCGGCAUCGGGUCCGCAGUGUGAUCUCAUCUGGUGGUUUGGAUGGGCUACCCUUUUAAUCCAGCUGAUUAUCGUCAUUCUACCUGGUAUCCUUUAUAAUGACUGGGUCGUUCUCGUCGUUGCUCUAGCCGGCAUGACUCUAGUGGCGAUUACGUGUUCAUUACCACAAUGGAUAGAAGAGAAAUGGGGUACUCCGUCGUUCUCAAAUGGUGGAAAAGUGACUUGCCUUACUAAGGGCAACGGCCAUCUUCAUUUGAUGGUGUUUAUUGGCUCGGUUGGCAGUUGGGAUUUGGAGCGACUCGCCACUUAUACACCAGUUCCUCGGACCGAGACGCGCUGGAUCUCGGUGAUACUCUCCAUGUUGUGGGUCUGUCUUUUGAUAUCAAUAUCAGGUCUCAAGAGACACACAUGGUUCUUGAUAGCCGCUGGAGGACUUGGAAUGUUACAGAAUGUCUCGGCUGCUGGGGUUUCUAGACACCCUACAUCUUCCAACUUCCAUCUGACCAAGUUCUCACAUGCGCCUACUAUUAUCGGUAGGCGGGAAUGUUAUAAAGAUGAUCCUAGUCCGGAAGUCAACUUGGAGGAAGAUAUUCAGGGGUUUUCUGAUGUCCAGUUAUGGGUAUCACAAGGCACUGAUCGAACAAGUCACCGUGCCCAGCGCGAAAGGGCCCCUAUGCCAUCUUGGGUAUCUUCCAUGGCAGAGGAAGACGGGGCGCCGGAAUGGUUGGCGACAUUGAAACCAACCUUGACGGACAGGAUCACAGAUACUAGACCAAAGUCUUUGCCCUCGAGUCUCAAAGCAUUGCACCCUUUCACGUCACGCAAGUCAGAUCAAGAUAAGAUCAUCUAUGCUUCUGGGGUGCAGGGAGCACUAGUGGAGCUGGAAAAAUGGGUACCGAAAGCCGGUCUUUCAAUGCUACCAAUUUUCUUUCCUGGUGGUGGGUUGCAAUUUCACGACGAUGAUAUACGAGGUAACAAGUUUAAGAAAUUUUGGAAAAGGGCUUAUCAUACGAGAACGAUCCGGAAAAGAGCAGAAGAGAAACGUCGGUCUGAGGAAAAGAAAACAGGUGUAUUGCUUGAAGUUUAG